AUGCCGACGGCCCUGCUGCCCGCCUCCGCGGCAGCAUUUGCUCCUCGUGGCAACCCCAACGUGGUGCUCGGCUCCAAGGUCGAGUCCUGGCUCACCAUGACUCUGAAGCGAGUCAACCGCGUGAAGCGACCCCUCAACAACGUCACCCAACACACCCGAUGCCUGACAGAGACUCUAUCCUCGCCAAACGCUAUCUGGACCUUGUGCUCUCUCAUGUUCCCCAAUGCGCCCGACACCGAGCUUCGCAGAGAUGACAAUCCUCUAAUCGAGGGCUUAUUCAACUACCAGAUGAUCCACAUCGAGGCGUAUGUUGUGCAUGUCGACAUGGUUUCGCAGAACGAAGUUGCUUUUAAACUAACUCCCGAGACCAUUGAAUCGCUGGUCGACUUUCACAAAGACAUCUUCUCCGUAGACACGGCGGCUGCCACCUGGGAUUGGGCUGACAAGGAUACCCAGCUCAAAAAGCUGCAGGAAGAGUUCGUCCAGUCGGCCAACAAGUUCAUCUAUCGCACCAACGUUCAGGCUCUGGAGGGACUGGAAGAGGAUGGCGCCGGCGAGCUGCUGAGCGGCCGAAGUGAUGAUGCGAAGGCUUCCAUCCUGGGGCUCUUCGUCCCUCUGCUUCCUCCCCCUCCCCGUGUGGUUGAUAUCGUCCGUCCGGCACCUCUCCUGCCUAGUUCUACGCUUGCCGAAGAAUGGUGGACAAGCCCCGUACAGCAGCAUCAAGUGAUGCCUGUGGAAGCAUGGAAGGUGGUUCCAUCCAGCCCUAGCCCAGUGUCGACGUGCGACACGACUCCCAACAUGUGGACGAGCAUGCCGAUGCAAGAGGCUCAGUUGCCAUCGCCAGCACCUUCGUUCAGCAUGCCAUACACAACCGCGCCGUUCGACACGACACAGUUCUACAGCACCCCCAACACCAUGGCUGCUGCCCUGGCGUCACUGCCACUUCCAAGCAUGCUUGUUCAGCCGUGCAGCACGGCGGCGUCGAUGGCUGGGUUCGGUUUCAACGAUCGCUACCAAGACUUUGCUGCCAUGUCCUACGGCACUACCAUGUAG